AUGUGCCAGCACUUAAGCGAAGAACAUGGAUGGAUGUGGAAGGAAAUAAAAGCACUGGAAGCUGGUGCAAACGUUGUGCAGCUGCAGCAUGACGUGUUCAGUCUGGAAGCAAGUGCUGACCUGGCUCAAGAAGUGUAUCGGUGUAUGUCUUGUGGGUUUCGAGGAGCUCGAGAGGUGCCAAGAGAGCAGUUUGGAGAGACAGAGGACGGAGAGGAUGACGGCACUUUUAUGGCCCACGCAAUCCUUGAAAACCAUCACAUUGCUGUUUUGGAGAGGAAAAAGCAGCUCUAUUGUGCACGCUGUCGGGACUUUAUUUACCCUGACGCUGUGGCUGUGGGAAGUGGUAACCGACGGUGGAAGCGCCACAUACGAGGUGUGGUGACACCGCUCAAACUGCUACGACGUGGACUAGUGAAUAUGGGCAACACGUGCUUCCUGAACUCAGUACUUCAAGUGUUGGUGCACAACCCAAUGGUGCAACACUAUUUUUUCGUGGCGAAGUGCCAUGAUAUGGAAAUCUGCCAGCAACAGCGGAAACGGCGGCUGGAAAAGCGACAGCAACAAUUAGACGCUGCGAAGCAUAGGCGAUGCGAUGACGACGACGAAAAAGAGCAGGAAGGCAUGGAGUGCGGUAUUGAUCCUUCCAUUUCGGUCUGUCUGGGAUGCGAACUUGCUGCCUUUAUGGCACUGCUUGUACCCCCUGCCGUCCCCGUUCCACCUCAAGCGCUGAAAGCGUCUCCACUUGCACCGCAAGGCAUUUUAGAGGCGAUGUGGAUUGUCUUUCCGUCCUUUAUCGGCACAGCUCAACAUGAUGCGCAUGAGCUCCUGGUCGCACUCCUUGGAGGUCUACAUUCCCAUACACAUCCCCGUGCGUUUGCUCACGGUGGUUCCUCUGCACGGGUUACACCACGUGGACAGAGUUCGUGUGACUGCACGGUGCAUCAGCACUUCUCUGGUGUACUGCGAUCUCAACUCGCGUGUGUAGGUUGUGGGUCCGCCUCGCGCAAAUUUGAUCCGUUCUUGGAUGUGUCUUUGUCUUUGAUUGAUGGAUUGAACAUAAUUGGCAAUAGUGAAAAUGGCGAGGGACGAGGAAGAGAAGAGGUAUCGUAUGGGCUAUCAUCUGCGAUCAAUCUCGAGUCGUUGUUGUUGCAGUAUGCAGAUAAAGAGGAACUAGAAGGGACAAAUCAAGUCUACUGCCGUCGAUGCUCGAAGUAUCAGAAUAGCUACAAGAGCUUGAACUUGCAUGUGUUGCCGGAUGUGCUCGUUCUUCACAUUCGCCGUUUCGACUACUGUCGCCAGCAGAAACUUACGUUAAAGGUGAAUUUUCCCCUAAUAGGCCUCAACAUGAGACCGUACACGUCGGUGGGAAUUGACGAGGUCGAUGAGCUCAAAAGAGGGAAUACGAAUGGUCCAGUUCAUGGCGGUAAUCGAAACGAAUAUUUGUACGACCUUGUCGCGGUCGUAAACCACCAUGGAGACUCGGUGAAUGGAGGCCAUUACACUACUUACGUGCGUGAAGAGAUCUCCGAAAGGACGACAAGUCUUAGCGGCAUGGAACAGCAUCAAUGGAUACUCUUCGAUGAUGUCGAAGUGAAGACGGUUACCGAUGUCGAAGUCGAAAGCUCCCAAGCAUACCUACUAUGCUAUGUCCGCCGGAACCCGUUCGUCGCUGUCGCUGCAUGA